AUGACCCAAACGCAGGAAAGAAAACCCCCAAAGCCUCGAUUUGGUCGCCUUCUCAAAGCGGAUACGUUGUGGUGGAACACCGAAUAUAGCAGCGAUAACGACACCCUUGUCGACGAGCUCUGGACCAACAAAAUUCCAUGGGAGAGAGCCUUUUCCUUGGGACCCAGAGGAGAAAGGCAUAUAUAUCAGCUGGUUGAAGCACUGGGCAACAACGGCGACAAAAAGUUUCAUAUCGACUCUCGCACUAUUUCAUCUCUCAUUGUUGAGAAUGACAAGAAUGCCGUCAAGCUGCUGUUUUCUGACGGCACAAGCGCCACUGAAGCAUUUCUUGUACACAAUCCGUUCACUCAAGUCAAAGGCCCUUUUGCAGCGCAGUUGGGAAUUACAGUUACGCCUAGCCCAAUCCCUGGAAUUGAGAUUGGCGACCUCGCAGUCAGCCCUCCAACCUAUCAGACUAAUGUUCGAGGUGCUUUUGCUGCCGGCGACUGCAUAACCCCAUACAAGGUAGUGCCAGGGGCCAUUUCAAGUGGAUGCAAUGCAGCCGUUGCUGCGUCUUCACAACUGCUGGCAGAAAAGUAUGGCCAUCAUGCUAUGUUCUAA